CCAGCUGCUACCUUCAUGUAGCGCGGCUGUGGAGACUCCAAUUCCCACAGUUCCUCACAGCAGAGCAGCGAGUUCUUCCGACCGGAAGUGAAACUGCUUCCCGCUUUUCGCCAACAUCCCCGCAACUUCGUAUCAUAAUGCCCAAAUCAAAGGAAGUGUUGUCGUCCACAUCUGGAAGUGACUCUGACAGCGACGUGGAGACCAAGGCUAAGAGAAAGAAGACGAGUGCACCAGAGAAACCAGCCAAGAAACCAAAGAGCGGAGAGAGCUCCAGGCCAGGCGGCUCAUCCAAAGGCAGCAGUAACAGUGAUGACAACAUGUUCCAGAUCGGUAAGAUGAGGUAUGUCAGCGUCAGAGACUUCAAAGGCAAAGUUCUGAUUGACAUCAGGGAAUACUGGAUGAACCAAGAUGGAGAGAUGAAGCCAGGAAAAAAAGGCAUUUCCCUGAAUCCUGAGCAAUGGAGCCAACUGAAGGACCAGAUUUCUGAAAUUGACGAUGCCAUCAAAAGAAUAUAGGCACCCUUUCCAAUGCUGUGUUGAGUUAGUUGAAAACUGUUUGCCAGAAGGGUUUUGUAAAAAGAUUUAAAUUCUUUUCUAACUCACUUGUUUCAUUUGCAGAUGUAUAGAACUAGUGUCUUCUGCAUGUACUCUGUAGUUUGUUCAUUGUGUACCCUGUUGUUUUUGAACAGUUGUAGUAAAAGUGUGGGUGGAUGAGUAGGUGGUUGAUUAUUACAAUUGGUGGGUAGGUUUGAAUGAGAGUGAAUUGUUCUUUUUAUUGAAAUACUUAAUAAAAGCCAGUAAGGCUCAAUAUUGGUUGCGUAGUGUGAAAUUAUAUUUUCUUUCCAAUAUUUCAAUUCAUAUUUAUGGUAUGAGUAUCAUGUGCAGGUAUAAAAACCCUAGAACUGUUUCUUUUUAUUACAUGACCUUUGUUAUAUGUAACGCUUAAUAGAAGUGCUGAGUGUGAGCAUUAAACCCAGAUAGUUUAAUUACAAUGAGUUGUGUAACAUUCAGUUUUCAUGUUAAACCUUCACAUUAUUAGACUGACAGUGCAACACGGCUGAGGUAUUGAAAAUAAAAGACUUUGUUGAACACAGCUUGGCACAUUUUGCUCUUGACAGCACUGAAACACUGCUGAGUCAUGUUGGAAGUGAUAUCCAAGUCCAAUCAGUGCCUUUGAGUCACCUGCUAAUAGGGUUAGCUCACGAGAGCUAGUUCUACUACUAGUUCUCGCAGUUAAUCCUAAAUUUCCAAUAACUGGUCAUUCCCUAGAAACCUGAUUUUUUUUUUUUUUUUUUUUUUAAUGUUUGAGGACUAAUGACGUGUUUUCAGUCACCACUAUAAUUUUUCCUACCCUAAAGUUACCCAUAUUUGUUUUCCUUAAGGCAGCAGUACUGUUGUGCUUUGAUGAGUUGAAACUGGAUGCAGUGAAAUGCUCUCUGCUGGAAUGGUCUCUAGAUCUGUGGUUUAUGAAUGGUGAUGACUUUGUUCACCUCAGAAACAGAGCCUUGUAAGGUGGGUGUUUAAACCAAAAAUUCAUAUUUGCAAAUCAAAGGAUUUUGAUGACAUGAUGUGAAAUCUUUGUACCCUACACGAUUUGCAAUGUAAAAUUUGGGAAAAUUGUAGUUAAUGGGUCAAACAUUCAAAAUCACUGGUGUGGGUGUUGAAGUGGCUGGGAUCAGCUACUGCAGAUUGUCACUUGGCACCACAUGCAGCAGUAAAUAACAAGAAGGAUUAGAGUGACAACUGCGUAACAAUGAUAUGGCCUAUUAGUCCUGCAACACUUCAAAGGUCAUGAGAAACCUUGUAAAUGGUUGUAUACAUCUGAACAAUAAAAGUAAUGUGGGAAAGGAAA